AUGGGGAACCUACAGUUGAUCCUUGUGUUCUUCAUCUUGCUCUCCUAUGUUCCACCAGUUAGAAGUGGAGUGAAUCUGUACAUAAGACGGAUUUACGAUACGUGCUGGAGACUAAAGGGCUUUUGCAGGGAUGAGUGUAAAGAAGAAGAAAUUUUUCACAUUUUCUGUGGUACUCAAUUUCUGUGCUGUUUAGAAAGAAAGGAGAUGCCUGUUCUCUUUGUGAAGUAG